AUGCAAGCUCUUCUGCUGCCGGCAGCUCGCUCCGGCGUCGGCCGAUUUCCUCCGCCGUGUAAGGAGACAGUUCACAGAGCCGUUUCGAGUAAUUGCUCUCGCCCAUUUGUCCACUUCGAUCCUCAUUCAUCUCCUUCCUCGCUGAAAUUAGUAGAUGGAUUUUCCUCUCCAUACUUAAUUCUCAAUAAUCGCGGUGUUAAAACCCUAGCCUCGGAUCCCAUUGCUUUUGGUUUUAGCCCCCCAAAUGAUGAGCCUGAUAAGGACAAACUCGCUCAGGUUUCGAUGAGAUUAGAGAAGACAUCGAGGUAUUUCAAGAGGUUGGGAAGCUUCGGAUUUUGGGGACAGCUCGUCUCCACGAUUGUAGCUGCCGUGAUCCUUUCCUUUUCAACUGUUAUUACUGGGAAGGUAACCUCACCAGCCACCUUUUAUGCAACGGCAGGCGGCAUUGCAGCUGCAUUCAUAUCCGUCUUUUGGUCUUUCGGCUAUAUCCGGUUGUCCGAUAAACUCCGUAAAACAGCAAAUGAUCCUUCGAAGGCACCUCCUCGUACGGAUGUUGUGAAAAGAUUGAAGAAUGGCAUAGUCAUAAAUCUAUUGGGAAUGUGUGCUGCUGUACUCGGUAUGCAAGCAACUGUUGGCUUGCUUGUGGCAAAAGCGCUCACGAAUUCGCCUAGUCCUUAUUAUCGGGGCAUCUCUCCUGGGAACCCUUCUGUUCUUGCCUUGGAUGUGUUCUUGGUCCAGGCAUCUGCAAACACCAUACUUUCGCAUUUUCUGGGGCUCAUGUGCUCCUUGGAGCUACUGCGUUCAGUCACAUUAUCACCUACCGGACCUUCUCACAUUUCCAAGGUUGCCUGA